AUGGCGUUUCUCUUUAACAAAUUACAAGAGGCAGUGAAAGUUCUUGCGAAAAGCCCCACAUUUGCUAGGGAUCCAAGGAAAAUGCAAUUCGAAGCAGACAUCAAUCGGCUAUUUCUGUAUACAUGCUACAAUCGAUUAGGUAAGAGUGCGGAAGAGGCUGAUGUGGACGAGGUAAUUGAAAUGGCCAAUAAAGCUUCUGUUGAUGAUCAGCAGAAGCAAGUGCAGGAAAACAUCCAUUCUCAAACUAGAAACUUCUCCACAGCUAUGGACUCUAUUCUUCUUUCUGACUCUACUGAAGGAGAUGGGGCAGGUGGUGGAAGUUCUAAAAACGCAGAUGCUGCCCCUCGCAGAAGUGGCCUUAGUCUUGCUGUUGGCCAGAGGGGGCCAUCUUCCAAGCAUCCAGCUAUUCCCAAGACAAAGCCGUUAAACCUUGCUGAAGUCUCUCUGAGAUUAAAGGAGAGCAUUGGCUACACACUUGAUCUCAAGCCGUCUCAGAUAUCCCAUGAGGCAGCUGGAACAGGUUUGUUUGUCAAUGGUGAAGCAGAUGUUGGCACCGUGAUUGCCUUCUACCCGGGUGUGAUUUAUGCCCCUGCUUACUACCGGUAUAUCCCUGGAUAUCCAAGGGUUGAUGCGAAGAACCCUUACUUGAUCACAAGGUAUGACGGAACUGUGGUCAAUGCUCAGCCUUGGGGUUCUGGUGGCGAAACUCGGGAACUAUGGGAUGGGUCAAGGCUUCCAGAAAACCAGCCCAUCUCACAUAGCAAUGAUGAGAAAGGACCAGAUCGGCUUUGGAAAACACUCAGCAAGCCUUUGGAAGGGACACAAAUCAUUGGUGGUGUUGGUGAAAUCAUUGAGAGACGGAAUCCACUUGCUUUGGCUCAUUUUGCAAACCACCCUGCAAAGGGGAUGGCUCCUAAUGUCAUGAUUUGUCCAUAUGACUUCCCGCUGACUGAGAAGGAAAUGAGGACUUAUGUGCCAAAUGUUUCGUUUGGCAAUCCAGAAGAAGUAAGUAUGAGAAGAUUUGGCAGUUUUUGGUGGAGAACUGGGUCCAAAGAAAGCGGUUCUGAUGUCCCCAUUAUGAAGGCACUUGUCCUGGUGACUACCAGGGCGCUCUGUGAUGAAGAAGUUUUGUUGAACUACAGACUUAGCAACUCGAAGAAGCGGCCAGCAUGGUACACUCCAGUGGAUGAAGAAGAAGACAGGAGGAGAUGGAGCUAA